AAAUGAUGUGAUGCUAAAUGAUGAAUGAGAGCAAAUAUAAUAUUCAUGCAGUGUGAAGCUGCAGAGAGAAACAUCAGACUUAGGACAGAAACACACAACCUCUAAAAUAUGGACCAAACUCUGUAUUUCAUUCUUCUUCUCAUUGCUCUCUGCUCCGUAUCUGAAUGUGUUCAGCAUCAGUAUCACUUUAUAAAUGAGAUGAAGAACUGGACUGAAGCUCAGAGAUACUGCAGAGAGAAAUACACAGAUCUGGCCACAGUUGACAACAUGCAUGACAUGAAUGAGAUAAACCAGAGUGUGAAUGAUGGAAGUGUUGAGUUUGUCUGGAUUGGGCUACAAAAGGCGGGUCAUGAUGAAUGGCAGUGGUCUUCAGGUGAACCUGCACUCAAUCUGAGCUGGGGAGAUAAACAACCAGAAGGCAGAGAUAUUUGUGGUAUGAUAGAAAACGAAAAUUUGGGGGAUCUGCCAUGUUAUGAUAACCGGCAUUUCAUCUGCAACAACACGAACACAGAACUUGUCUUUGUCAAUCAGAUGAAAAACUGGACAGAUGCUCAGAGUUACUGCAGACAGAAUCACACUGAUCUGGUCAGUGUGAGAAACCAGAAUGAGAGUCAACAGGUUCAGCAGUUGAUUACAAACAAAAAAAAUAAAUCACAAGUCUGGAUUGGUCUGUUCAGAGUCAGAGACUCGUGGCGGUGGUCAGAUCAGAGUGACUCCUCAUUCAGAUACUGGAAAUCUCAUCAACCUGAUAAAUAUGGACUUGGUGAAGACUGUACAGCUUUUGAACUGAAAGCUCUGGGACGGUGGCAUGACAUCUCUUGCAGCCAGACAUUUCCUUUUGUGUGUCAUGAAGAUGCUGAACUGAUUCUGAUCAAAGAGAAUCUGAUGUGGUCUGAAGCUCUAAGAUACUGCAGACAGAAACAUAUGGAUCUGGUCUCUGUUCAUUCAAAAGAGAUUCAGCGUCGUGUGAUGAACGUGGUUAAACGGGCGUCUACUGCAGCGGUGUGGUUGGGUUUACGUCACUCCUGCACUGUGGGCAUCUGGUUCUGGGUGAGUGGAGAGACCGUGUGCUAUCAGAACUGGGCUCCAGGGAACGGCACAUCAGAGGAGAACUGUGAACAUACAGUGAGAUCUGGAGCAGUUCAGUCUGGAGGAGAUCAGCGCUGGAUCAGCCGUCCUGGAAAUGACAAACUCAACUUCAUCUGCAGCAGAUUAUAAGAGUGAAAGGAUACACAGACCUUUUCAUGUUAGAAAACAAAUGCUUAUGUUUUCACAUCCUUUCACAACUUCAUUUUCAUUCAUCAGAUUGUAAAGUAAUAAUUUUAACAAUUUCAGUCUCAGCAGGCAGUCCUACCUGAUGAGGGUUAAAAGGGC